AGAGAGAGAGAGAGGCGGGGUUGCAGUGAUUGUUCUCAGUUGCGCUGUGGAUGGAUAGAUGGAUGGCUGGAUGGAUGGAUGGAUGGAGGGAAUACUGAUGGAGUUGGCGGUGGAUUUUUGAAAGUAAAGGAGAAGAAAGGCGUUUCUCUUCUUUUCCUGUCGGACUGCUCAGUGACUUUACCAAGCGGAGAGGGCGAGAGAGCGCAGUACGGAUGGACGGAGCACAGUAAAAGAAGAGUUUCCGACCGGUCAGCAGUCUACCUUUGAUGAGCUGCCACCUAUAAGUGGUGACAACCAUGUUAUGUCGCCAUGAUGACCACAUUGUUUGGUAACAUAGCUCAGCAGCACAAAAUGCUGGGGAAUACAAAGCGUUUUUUUUCAGCCUCGGAGGACAAGGAAGGGGAGGAUGAGGCAGAGGAGGAAGAGAGGAGGAGGAGAGAGAGGCAGAAUGGAGUGAUGGAUGGAGAAGAAGAGAGUCAGAGAGGAGGCCGCCAGUCACGUGAGGGCAAGGUGGAGGGGCUAAAACCAGCUGCUAUCGUGAUCGGACGGCAAAGAGGGGACAGACAGCAGUGGGCGGCCAAUCCCGGACACCGAGGCGUUCCUUACCCUUACUCAACCAAUCAGGCGAUACUUCACCAUCAGCCAGCCAGCCAACCGCUUCCACUCACUCAGCAGCAGAUUUACAAAGUCCUCACCAAUCAGCAAGUUCGGCGGCGUCACAUGGAACGCAGCAUGACCACCAUCAGCCCGCUGGAGGACACGUACCUGACCAUGAUGGUGUUCCGCAUUGGGAUACCGGAUAUAAAACAAACGAAGUGUUUGAGGUUUGAUCCCGAUGCGACUGUGUGGAGUGUGAAGCAACAGGUGAUGUGCUCUCUGGGUGAAUCCCUGUGGGAUGUGUAUAAUUACGGCCUUUUCCAACCAGCCGGAGAGGGGCGGGAUGCCUGCUUUCUGGAGGAGGAGCGAUCGCUGCGAGAAUACCCACAAUUCCUUGAGAAGGGUGUGCCUUACCUGGAGUUCAGGUAUAAGAGCAGGGUCUAUAAACAGACCAACUUGGAUGAGAAACACCUGGCCAAGCUACACACCAAGGCUAAUCUGAAGAAGUUUCUGGACUAUGUUCAAAAUGCAGCCCUAGAGAAGAUGAGUAAAGCUCUGGAGAAAGGGCUGGACCCCAACUAUCACGACCCAGAGACCGGAGAGACCCCACUGACACUAGCAGUGUUGGGGAGUCUCACUGUGGAGGGGAUUCGAGUGCUGCUGCUAAACGGAGCUCAUCACGACUUCAGAGCAAGAGACGGAUUUACUCCACUGCACAAAGCAGUUAGAGCCCACAACCACGCCGCCCUGCUGACUCUGCUGUCAUUGGGGGCCUCUCCAGACUAUAAAGAUCGCUGUGGUCUGACGGCGCUCUACCACUCUGUACUGACAGGGGGCGACACGUCCUGCUGUGAAACCCUGCUAUACUACAGAGCACGGCUUGGUGUCCGGGAUGAGAAUGGCUGGGACGAGUCUCAUCAGGCAUGCCAGAAUGGCUUUGCUCAGCACUUAGAGCAUCUGCUGUUCUAUGGAGCGGACACCACUUCCCAGAAUGCAUCAGGAAACACUGCACUGCACAUAAGCGCUCUGUACAAUAAGGAGAGCUGUGUCCGAGUCCUCCUCUACAGGGGAGCCAAUAAGGAGAUGAAGAACAAGCAUGGCCAAACCCCCUUUCAGGUCGCUGUGAUGUCAGGCCAUUUUGAGCUUGGAGAGAUCAUUAAAAAUCACAAAGACACAGAUGUAGUUCCGUUUUUGGAGUCUCCCAAAUAUGCUCCUCAGCGAGUCGAGAGUGGGCGGAUUCUACCCGUGUCUAUGGCCCUCCCCCACCCCCACCCACUCUUAAGAGCCAAGAGUGAGAAUACCAUGGCCACGUCCUCUGACAUCGUAGCUCCACCCAUCACUGCACCUGUACAGGGUCAGCGUCGGGCAUCUUUUGCACUGAGGAGCUCCAGUAGUCCUCGUGGGGCCAGAACCCGAUCUCCAUCCCGGGGUAGAGGGGUGGAACCCGAGAGUAAACAGCAGAAACAGCGCGGUAGGCAGGGGGGUGGCGGGGGUCAGAGGCGAAGGCUGUACAGUGCAGUUCCUGGACGUGUGUUUGUAGCGACGCGGUCACAUUCUGCUCAGGGGGAGCGCGAGAUCAGCCUCAGCAAGGGAGACAAGGUCAAAGUGCUGAGCGUUGGAGAGGGAGGGUUUUGGGAGGGAACAGUGAAGGGUCGCACUGGCUGGUUCCCUUCGGAAUGUGUAGAGGAGGUUCUGCCCCAGAGCCAGGAACCAAGACCAGAGAGUCGCAGUGAGAAGGCCAAGAGGAAGUUAUUCCGCCAUUACACUGUAGGAACGUAUGAUGGGCUGGAGAUACCCAGUGAUUACAUCAUAAAGGAGAAGUCUGUUCUUCUGCAGAAGAAAGAAAAUGAGGGCUUUGGCUUCGUCCUCCGAGGAGCUAAAGCUCAGACUCCCAUUGAGGAGUUCACUCCCACUCCAGCUUUUCCUGCUCUUCAGUAUUUGGAGUCUGUGGAUGAAGGAGGCGUGGCCUGGAGGGCGGGGUUACGAAUGGGGGACUUCCUGAUUGAGGUGAAUGGGGUGAAUGUGGUGAAGGUGGGCCACAGGCAGGUGGUCAACAUGAUCCGUCAGGGUGGGAACAGCCUCAUGGUGAAGGUCGUCAUGGUAGCUCGCAAUCCUGAGAUGGAGGAGGUGCCUAAGAAAAAAGCUCCACAGCAGACCAAGAGGCUGACCCCCCCUGCCAUCACACUGCGCUCCAAAUCCAUGACCUCGGAGCUGGAGGAGAUGGUAGAAAAAGCUGCGUCGCCGUGGAAGAAGAAGCCAGAUCAGUCCGAGAGCUCUCAGCCUCCCGAUAAGAAGAGGAGUGUUUACCAAAUGGCACUUAACAAGCUGGACGAGAUUCUGGCCGCUGCUCAGCAGACAAUCAGCACGUCUGACUCUCAGGGUCACCGGGGUCACGGAGGCAAGAAGGACCGGAACAAGGGCUUCUAUGCUAAUGAGCAAAGUUUUGACCAAUCAGGAGGUGUUGGCAUGAUGUCAUCAGGGUCUGGGUAUGGUUCUAAUUAUGCCCAGUUUUCAUCAGGCCACGCCCCUCAGCAUGGUAUGAUGCUUCGUCAGAAAUCUGUUGGAGUAGCAGAGGAGGAAAGGGGGCAUUUGCACCCCCCAACUAUGAAACUCUCUCGCAGCCUGUCCGUCCCGGGACCAGAUGACAUCCCACCUCCCCCUGAGACGACUGCACCGGAACCACCCCUGCCUGCUAGCAGGAGAGUGGAGCUAACCCACGCUAACCCUGCCCCUCCAAUGCCCCCUUCCCACUACCUUCCCCAUGGCCAGGUGUCAAACAGGGCCCCUCCGCACCCACCCCCUCGCAGGGUGGAGGCUGAUACUGUAAGAAGGGGAGGAGCUAAGAUGGGUGGUCUAAGGCGUGGUUACAGCAGUGCCACACCCCCCUCUGACAUGGCUCCAAAGCAGCUGCCAGCACAGCGCAGCCAAUCUCCAGGUGUGGCCAAAUCGGCUGGUCGGCGAGGAGGAAAGGGGCCUCUGUUGAAGCAGCGUAAGGUGGAGGAGGGUGGGGCUGGGCAGACAGAGAAGAGCUCAAUCCCCAUCCCAACCAUUAUCGUGAAGGCACCUUCCACCAGCAGCUCUGGACACAGCAGCCAGAACAGCAGUGUGGAAGCGGAGCCUCCUCCACAACUGGAUGAUGAAGAGGAGGAGCCUCCCAGCCCUGAGACUCCUGCCGGCCUACCACCUGUCCUGCCACCCAUUCACACAUCAGAACGGGUGGAUAUCAGUACUGGAGGCACGGCUAAACGAGAAAGAGAGCGUUACCGAGACUCCCGCAGGAAAAGCACUUCCUUCUACUACUCCUCUGAGGAGGACAUGCUAGAUGAGCCAGACUCUGUCCAAACUCCAUCUGAGUCUGGCACCUCCCCUCGCCUCCGCCCAUCUAAGUCCAUCGAUGAGGGUCUUUUCUCUAGCGAUGCCGGCAGCAUGCCACCCGCUUUUGGACUGCCGCAGUAUGCCUCUGCCACUCCCCACCAUGCCACCACCUUCAUCCAUCCUCUUACUGGGAAAGUUCUGGACCCUGCAAGCCCCUUGGGCCUGGCACUAGCUGCUCGGGAGCGGGCUCUCAAAGAUGAUCGGCGUACCCGCAGGGAAGACAGACAUUUUGGCCGACAGUUUUCCACUGCUGGUGCCUUUCCUUCUGCUACCCACAACCCUCAGCACCCUCAACACCCUCUGCACCACCCAGUCUCCUCCACUUAUAUGCACCAAUCACACACUGCCCUCUAUAUGAGUGGCACAGGCACCACCCCUUCAUCUACAGGGCACUCCCCUCUGAGCCGACCCCAGUCUCCCCGGAUGCUCCCCUGGAGUGGGGAGGCUGGGGACAGAGAAGGCAGAGAAGCUCAGAAGGUACGGUUUACAGCUGACAAAACCAACCAGUAUCAGACUUUUCUUAGAGAUAGGGAAGGGUACGGGAAGGUGCCACCUCAGGCCCCUCGUAGACCCUCCUUACUGCGCAUGGAAAGUGAGAUGAGCAGUAACGCUACAGGCUAUGUGAGCCAUGUGCCCUCUAGCCCUGCCCAGGAACCCGCAAGAGGGGGAGAUAGGGCCGUACAGAAACACAGAUCAACAGACAGAGAGAGAGAUGAAGAAACAGAUGGAGAUCCUGUGGGAGAGAGUGGAGGGAGUGUGAUGGUUUUGCCUCCUCCAGCACCAUCAGUUGAUGUGGCUGAUGAGUUCGUGUUUGCCGAGCCCCUGCCCCCUCCUCUACAGUUUGCUAAUGGAGAGGACAGAUCAACCCAAGGAACAACAGGGUACACCCAUCAACAGCAACAUGACCAAAGCCCUCAGUCAGCACCACAGUCUCUGCAGGAUCAUAAACUACCCCUGACCCAUGAACCCCCAAGACCCACAGAAUCCUCUCAGUCUCUGCCUGAAACGCAGUCCCACUCUCAGUCCUCACACUUUCAUCCCUCGGCAAUUGUUCAUCCUUACCUCUUUCCUCCAUCUCCUCUGCUCCCACCUCCCCAGCUCUGCCCAAAAAUACCCCCAGCUAAUCCGCCUCCACCCCCGCAACCAUCCCAGCCACCCCUGCCUUCCCCACAAGCAGGGGACUCUGCUGCCUCCAGUCUAACAUCAUAUGACAGUGAAGUGGCUAAUCUGACCCAGUCAGCUCUCUCUCCAACCCUCCCAUCUCCACAGACCUUCCCUUCAUCCUCCUCCCCCUCUGCUCCUCCUACAUCCUCAGACCCCACCUCUCUGCAUAGACCUCAACCACUUUUCUAUCCACCCCAAGACCGCAAUGCUACUCUUACCUAUGCCACGAUGACGACUGCUGCCAUAUCCACAGCAACCGCUGCUGUGGUCACUGUCACCAUGACGAUGCCUUCAGCAAGUAUGCCAGUCCUCACGGGGGACCAGCUCCCGCCUGCAACAAAGAGUCACGACUGGCUAGAAGCAGUGGUAGAUUCUGGGAUUGAGGAGCCGGACAGCCACAGCAGCAGUGACCAUCACACAGAAAAACGCAUUAGUGGACAGAAAGAAAAGAGACAACAAGAGAGGAGGAUUGGCAUAGAGAGUGGUAAACUGAGGGACGAGGUGAAAGCAGGAAGGAGAGUGUCCCUGGAUUCCUGUCUGUCCAACCCUGACAGGCACAAUGUUAAAACACACAAUGACAUGCACUCCAAAAUGCACAUGCACAAAACCAAACCUCCACCGCCCCCACACACUAAACCUCACACACACAACACAGCCAAAAUACACGCGCACACAGAAGGUGGCCGAAUGGUUCCAACCUUACGGCGACAGACCAGUGCGGCUCCUGGCCUCUACAGGCCAGACGAGGAGAUGAUGGGGGAUAGAGGAGGACUGGAGACGAUGGUGAAGGCUCCGACUUUUAUGGACCGACGAUUGAACUCUCCUCUCUCCAGCAUGAAGGCCAGCAUCAUCAGCGAACUCAGCAACAAGUUGCAGCAGCUAGGGAGUUGGCAGGGCCAAGGGCUGCAGCAGUCCCAAAGGUUUUCAGAAGACCUGUCUUCAUUACUUCCCACAGGUCAUGCCCAGCCAUCCCUCAUCCCCUCUGCUCAGACACUUCAGAGAGCUCUGUCCCCCACUUUACCUACUGUUCCUAUAACCCCAACUAUUAGCCCUAACCCCUUAACUCAGACUCUUACCCCUAACCCCUUAGCUCCAACUAUUAGCCCUAAUUCUUUAACUCAGUCUAUUACCCCUAAUCCUUUAACCCCGACACUAACUCCAACCUUACCUUCUAACCCAUUAUGCCCUAAUCCCUUAACCUCUCCUCUAAUCUCUAACCCAUUAACUCCAAGUCUGUCUCCUAACCCCUUAACCCCUACACUCACAGGUAAUCCCAUACCCUCCUCGCCUUUGACACCAACCCUGAACCCAACCCCACUUCCUACUAGCCCUUUGACACCAUCCCUGACCCCUCUUCCACUCUCCCAAUGUCCAGCUCAGCCUCCUACCUAUGCUAACUGGACCCACUCCCCUUCUCCUAUCUCUUUCUCCCACUGUCCUCUGUCUCCUCCCUCUCUCCCCCAUGCUCCUCUCUCUCCUCUCUCCCUUGCCCAUCCUCCUCUGUCCCCUCCAUCUUACGCUCACCCUCCCAUCUCCCCUAUAUCUCUCUCUCACCCACCUCUUUCUCCUUCUUCCGUGUCUCAUCCCCCUCUCUCUCCGUCCUACUCACCUUACCCCACCUCCCCGAAGCAUCGGGCCAAGUAUCGAGCUAAAGCUAUGGAGUUGUUUUCUGCAUCCGAAUCUCGCCGUUCUGAGUGUCACAGUCAGCGCCGUCGUGCUCCAAGCCCCUUGAUUUCCUGCUCAGAUCGACCUCAGCCAGGUCCACCACGUCCUUCCUCUCUUCCCCUCUUUCCUUCUGCACCCCUCUAUGGCUCUCCCUUUGAUAUGCAGGCCCCUCUCACCCCUCCGUCUACCUCCCAUCCUCUGGCUGAGCAUUUCUUCCCUCAAACUCCACCUCUAAUGCCCUCUCCUUCCCCAGCCCAAACAUCUAAUCCCCUGCUAGUCUCUCGCUCUCUCUCCCCUACCCACUUCCUGUCAGGUGGCUCCUCCCCCUCCUGUAUGAGCUACCCACCAACCCUCACACCUCCCCCACCCAAUCGACCUUUUGCGUCCAAGCCUCUCCCUUACUGGAGCAAAUACGACGUCGCUGAUUGGCUAACCUACCUGAACCUGGCAGAGCACCGAGAGCGUUUCCUAGACAAUGAGAUUGAUGGCUCCCACCUGCCAUCUCUGACGAAGGAGGACUUCCUGGACCUCGGAGUGAGCCGUGUCGGACACCGCAUGAACAUUGAACGUGCGCUGAAGAGGCUUACUGACAGGCUGUCCUCUCCUUUCUCUGUCUCCACCGUUUCCUCUGAGGGGCCGAUUGAGCGUCUGAGAGACGAGGGCACUCAGAGCUGAGGGAGUUUACACUACAGACAGAGCAGGGCUACGAACUGGGACACCACUCUGAGAGAGGAGAGAGUAUCUCUGAAGAUGGCCUCGUAAUACGAGGAUCAUAGAAAAACUCUAAAAUACACACACAAACACAAUGACAGCAAGACUGAACUCUGCAUUUAACACGGGAUGCUCUUCAAAUCCGUCUCAAUCUGCUCCAUCAGUUAAAUUCACCCCGAUCGCCAGAGCGGUGGCAGAUAGGACGUGAUCAAAUGGAUGAGUGGGAACUCCGAUUCAUUCCUCUCGAUCUUGACCAGGACGGAAGUGAGAGUUGGCUUCCUUGUUGCUGGAAUGCUGAUGUGAUUUUGUUUACUCUUGAGGAAGGCAGCGUAAACUCCGAAAUGUAAAGUUUAUUGAUUACUAUAGUAAUACAAUGAUCUUUAUUGUUGUAAAACUGUGUGCAGUUGAUGUUCUUAUCAUCCUUACCAUCAAACACACGCUGGCGACGACGAUGAUGAUGAUGAUGAUGAUGAUUAAUGAACAUUGGCUCUAAGAUUUUUAUUUCCAUUCAUAAUAAUGAUAAUGAAGAUAAUAAUGGUAAUAAGAAUAAUAAUCCGCAUUUAACAGAUAAGUACAUUAACAUUUUAACGCUGUAAGCAUAAUCAGUCUUCCAGAUAGCAGAACGCAGUGAAUUCUCCCUUUGGGUUUAGUUUCUCUUCAUCUGCUCUCUGUACAGCUUACACACACACACACUCGCACGCACACACACACCCACACACACCGUGAAUCAGACUCGGACACACUCGCACACAUUCAAACGCCAUACAGAUUUGAGUGUGGGGGGGUUCGCUCAGAGAGAAUAGGAUAACUUCAUUUUAUUUGAGAGAAUAUUUUAGGAAAUAGUGAAAUCUAUGAAAUUAUUGAGAACUAUAUACAUUAUGAAGAUGUUUAUGCAGAGUUAUCUAGAUUUAUCAGGUAUUUCUGUUGCUAUGUAAGAAUGAUGAUUAUGAUGGUGGUGAUCUGAGAUUAAUGAUUAAGAUGUUUGAAUAAAUGAUAAUUAUACUCCA